AUGGCCGAUUGCAAACCCCUUCUAACACCUAUGUCCACCACAAUAACACCAUUUGAGUCAGGGGGUGAGUCCUUCAAAGAUGAUACUCAGUAUCGAUCCGUUGUUGGGGCUCUUCAUUAUGUGACUCUCACAAGACCUGAUGUGGCUUUUUCGGUCAACAAGGUGUGCCACUACAUGCAUGCUCCCACAGAAGGCCAUUGGGCACUAGUGAAACGUAUUCUGCGCUAUCUCAAGGCCACCCGGACUCAUGGUCUACUUAUAGAACAGUCAACUGACAACAUCCUACAGGCAUUCUCUGAUGCAGAUUGGGCAGGUAGCUCUGAGGACCGUAAAUCUACAGGUGGAUAUGCAGUUUAUUUAGGCCCAAAUCUUGUGUCUUGGAACUCUAGAAAGUAG